AUUAAAGCCGAUCCUGAAAGCUAUGUUGUCUCUGCGUUUAUCCGUGCAGUAGCGCAUACGUGCACUAAUAUUAAUCCGCGUUGCUCAUUCGCUCUAAAACAAUGCAAUACAAAGUUCUGCCACGGUUCAGACCGCAAACACUUGGAUAUAGUCGCUUAGGAAGUUAGGAUCUGAGGAGCGCAGAGAGGCGCAAGGACGCACGGCUGAAACUUCUAGUGCUCAGCGCUUACACAACUUGGAGAAGGGGGUGGAAAAAGGUCCAAAGCAUCGUGACGGGAAUGUUGCUGAAGAGCAGGUGAGAUCGGAGAAGAACCGAAACGGAAAAUGCAGAAGAGCGUUCGCUAUAAUGAGGGACACGCUCUGUAUCUCUCCGUGGUGGCGCGCAAAGAGGGCACCAAGCGCGGCUACCUCAGCAAGAAGACGACGGAAAACAGCAAAUGGCACGAGAAGUUUUUCGCCCUCUACCAAAAUGUGCUCUUCUACUUUGACUCCGAACAGAGUGCUCGACCCUCAGGCAUUUACCUCCUGGAGGGCUGCACAUGUGAACGAGUCCCGGCGCCUAAAGUGUCCACCGGGGGCAAGGAGACACUGGAUAAACAGCACUAUUUCCUCAUUGUGUUUGGCCAUGAUGGGCAGAAGCCUCUGGAGCUCCGAUCUGAAGAGGAAGCAGAGUGUGAUGAAUGGGUGGAGUCCAUCCAACAAGCCAGCUAUUCGGACAUUAUCAUCGAGCGUGAAGUGCUCAUGCAGAAAUACAUUCACCUGGUGCAGAUUGUGGAGACAGAAAAGGUGGCAGCCAAUCAGUUACGCACCCAGUUGGAGGACCAAGACACAGAGAUUGAGAGACUUAAAGCAGAGAUUGUAGCCUUGAACAAAACCAAGGAGAGGAUGCGUCCUUACCAAGUGAACCAUGAAGAAGAUGAUCCAGACAUCAAGAAGAUAAAAAAGGUUCAGAGUUUCAUGCGAGGCUGGCUGUGUCGGAGGAAGUGGAAGAUCAUAGUUCAGGACUACAUUUGCUCUCCUCAUGCAGAGAGCAUGAGGAAGAGAAACCAGAUCGUCUUUAACAUGGUGGAGGCUGAGACAGAGUAUGUCCACCAGCUGUCCAUCCUGGUAAACUGCUUCCUCCGGCCGCUCCGCAUGGCUGCUAGCUCUAAAAAACCUCCCAUUAACCAUGAUGAUGUCAGCAGCAUCUUCCUCAACAGUGAAACAAUCAUGUUUUUGCACGAGAUAUUCCACCAAGGCUUGAAGGCGAGGAUUGCAAAUUGGCCCACACUGGUUUUAGCCGAUCUCUUCGACAUUUUGCUGCCUAUGCUGAACAUCUACCAGGAGUUUGUGCGGAACCAUCAGUACAGCUUGCAGGUUUUAGCGAACUGUAAACAGAACAGGGAUUUUGACAAGCUGUUGAAACAAUAUGAGUCCAACGCUGCAUGUGAGGGACGGAUGUUAGAAACCUUCCUCACGUACCCCAUGUUUCAGAUUCCACGCUAUAUUAUAACUCUGCAUGAACUCCUGGCUCAUACCCCGCAUGAACAUGUAGAGCGGAAGAGUCUGGAGUUUGCCAAGUCGAAGCUUGAAGAGCUGUCCAGAGUGAUGCAUGAUGAGGUGAGUGACACGGAGAACAUCCGCAAGAACCUAGCUAUCGAGCGCAUGAUCGUUGAAGGUUGCGACAUCCUUCUUGACACCAGUCAGACAUUUGUGAGACAAGGCUCUUUGAUCCAGCUUCCCUCUGUGGAGAGGGGGAAGCUCAGCAAGGUGCGACUGGGUUCCCUGUCCCUGAAGAAAGAAGGAGACAGGCAGUGCUUCCUGUUCACCAAGCAUUUUCUUAUCUGUACCCGUAGCUCAGGAGGCAAGCUGCACCUGCUCAAACAAGGUGGCGUACUGUCCCUGAUCGACUGCACCCUCAUUGAGGAACCCGACGCCAACGAUGAAGACUCUAAGACCUCAGGGCAGGUGUUUGGACAUCUGGACUUUAAGAUUGUGGUGGAACCUGCAGAUGUUCCUGCAUUUACAGUGGUGCUUCUGGCUCCAUCACGCCAGGAGAAAGCAGCCUGGACCAGCGACAUAAGCCAGUGUAUCGAUAACAUCCGCUGUAAUGGCCUGAUGACCAGUGUGUUUGAAGAAAACUCCAAAGUCACUGUGCCACACAUGAUAAAAUCUGAUGCGCGUCUCCAUAAAGACGAUGUUGACAUUUGCUUCAGCAAGACGCUCAACUCCUGCAAGGUUCCCCAGAUCCGCUAUGCCAGUGUGGAGCGGCUGCUGGAGAGGCUGACAGACCUGCGCUUCCUUUCUAUCGACUUCCUUAACACCUUCCUGCACACUUACCGCAUCUUCACCUCCGCUGCUGUGGUCAUGGACAAGCUGGCUGACAUCUAUAAGAAGCCCUUCACCUCCAUUCCAGUCAGGAUCCAUUAUCCUUCAUUUGAUCGCUUGUCCAUCACAUCCUUCUGUCCAGAUUACAGCUUGAAGAUGAGGAAGAUAGCCAUGGACCAAUCAAAGUCCCUGGAGCUUUUCUUUGCUACAAACCAGAACAACCGCUCCGGCAGCACUGGCAGUGAGAACCCCAAUGAGAAAUCUCCUCGUCUAUGCAGGAAAUUUUCUUCACCUCCUCCUCUCUCCAUCCCCUCACACACAUCCUCUCCUGUGCGAGCCCGAAAGCUCUCCCUUAACUCACCACUCAGUUCCCGGGUGGCUGCACUGGACCUGUCCAACCCUGUGUCCUCCUCUGCUGCCAGCAGUCCCACCUCAGCUAAUCCCUGCUCCUCACCUCCUCCAACCAACAUCAAGUCUCCUCAGGAUCCUUCACCCGAGCAGAGUCCUGGUGCCAUUGAUGAGAGUGCAGAUUCACCACGCAUUGACGCUCUCUCUGGAAAACUGCGCCGUAGCAUCCGCAGGGCAGCUGUCCUGGAAUCAGCAUCAAUGGAUAAGGUUAUCCCCGAAUCUCCACAAGGCAGUGAAGCUGGAGAUCUCUCUCCCUGCAGAUCACCAACAACACCACGGCACAUGCGCUUCAGAGGUCCUGGAGUCCCAGCAACUGAGAACUCCCGUUGUUCAGUGUCUCCAGCUUCAGCUUUCGCUAUUGCAACAGCUGCUGCUGGCCACAGCAGCCCUCCAGUCUUCAACAACUCAGAGAGAAUGUGUGAUAAAGACUUCAUCAUCCGAAGAGCAGCCACUAACCGGGUUCUGAAUGUCCUGCGCCACUGGGUCUCCAAACACUCCCAGGACUUUGAGCUGAAUAGAGAGUUGAAGAUGGGUGUGAUCAGCCUUCUGGAAGAGGUGCUGAGAGAUCCUGACCUGCUCCCUCAGGAGAGGAAAGCCACCGCAAACAUACUGAAUGCUCUCUCUCAAGAUGACCAGGACGAUGCUCAGCUGAAGAUAGAGGACAUUUUGCAGAUGGCUGAAUGCCCAAAGGCAGAGUGCUUUGAGUCGCUGUCAGCCAUGGAGAUAGCUGAGCAGAUCACACUUCUAGACCACAUCAUUUUUCGAAGCAUCCCAUAUGAGGAAUUUCUGGGCCAAGGCUGGAUGAAGAUGGACAAGAAUGAAAGAACCCCUUACAUCAUGAAGACCAGUCAACAUUUCAAUGAUAUGAGUAACCUCGUAGCCUCCCAGAUCAUGAGCCACACAGAUGUAGGCUCCAGGUCGAGCUCCAUAGAGAAAUGGGUGGCUGUAGCUGAUAUUUGCCGAUGUCUGAACAAUUACAACGGUGUCCUGGAGAUCACCUCUGCCCUUAACCGCAGUGCCAUCUACAGGCUGAAAAAAACCUGGGCUAAAAUCAGUAAACAGACGAGAGCACUCAUGGAUAAGCUGCAGAAGACCGUGUCAUCAGAGGGACGAUUUAAAAACCUGAGGGAAACCUUGAAAAACUGCAAUCCACCAUGUGUCCCUUAUCUCGGCAUGUACCUGACAGACCUGGCGUUUAUUGAGGAAGGAACCCCGAACUUUACUGAAGAGGGUCUGGUCAACUUCUCAAAGAUGAGAAUGAUAUCUCAUAUAAUUCGCGAGAUCCGACAGUUCCAGCAAACUCCUUACAGAAUAGAGCACCAGCCGAAGGUCACACAGUACCUGCUGGAUAAGGCCUUGAUCAUGGAUGAAGACACCCUCUAUGACUUGUCUCUAAAGAUCGAGCCCAGGCUUCCUGCUUGACCCGCAGUCUCGACACGUGGACCUCUGAUCCACGUGGACCCCUUAAACAUGCUUCACUUUCACCAGGCUUUACUGAUGCCACGAUGUUUGCCAUGGUAAAGCUUUAUCGGUGUGGAGGAUAUGGAGUCAAUGAAGAGAAGCAGAAAGUCGUAGUUUGAAGUUUCCUAAAGAUAAAUAAGAAGUCGACUGCCACUGUGUUGCACGUCAAGGACUGGGAGUGUUGGGGUGAAAGCAGUGAACAUGUGGUGAUGAGCGGAGAAGAAAUGUAGCAUGUACAGCAGCAGAACUCUAUGGUGGAGGAGAGUGCUUCAAGUACUAUUCUCUCAUGCUGGUACCUUUGUGCGUGUUGUGGGUACUGUGGGUUCUGUCUUUCACCGUCGUCUCUCCAAGUCCGAUGUGUCCGAGCCACAAAGCAAUUGAGGACAUGCUCGGUACUUCCAUUUGUUUGUCAGUUUGCCAGUCUUACUGCAUUUAUGUCUGUAUUUUGCCACAGUUGCAGUUAAACCAAAACGCUAGAUUGUUAUCUAGCGGCUAAGUUUGUCAGAGGAAGCAUGAGGAAUGUACAGUAGCGCUUUCCAGUUUCUAGCAGGUCACAGAUUACAUUUUAUGGAAAAAUGUAUCAUUAUAAAAAUGUAUCAUUAUUUAAUAAUUACGUACACGAUACCAUACAUAAUUAUAGAAUAUUGAUUAUUACUGAGUGUGUAUAGGGUGCCUUCUUGACACAGUUCAUAAAUAUUUCUAACACAGUUACAAAAUGCGAGUACAGUUUUAGCCACGCUAGCAACCUGAUAAUCAUACAUUCCUAAAUGAUGUCAGAUCCUGAUUUUUGAACUUUGCUUUAAAAAUAUUCAAGCAUUCCUGGUUGUAUUUGGAUCAUAAAAUUCUAAAAAAAAAAAACAACAACAACAAAAAAAAAACGCUGAAAAGAAAACCUAAUAGCCAUUUUUAUAUAAUAUGGGUGGGUUGUAGCUCAGAUAAUCUGCUGGUGUACACAAUUUAUAACUCCCCUAUUUAACCUCCUCUAAUCUCUGCACACAAUGAUAGGACCACAGCUGAGCAGUUUAUUUUGCUGUUCAUAAUCUAAUAAUAUCUAAUAUCAAUAUCUAAUAAUAAUAUGAAUCUAUUUAUAUAUGUAUAAAAAAAUAUUGUAUAUAUGUAUAAUAAUAUAGUAAUAUGGGGCUGAGAAAUUGUGUUUAGCAAGAGAUGACACUGCAGGAUUCACCUUUAUGAACCUGAUCCAAUGUCUCCUGAGUGCAAGAAGAAGGUCUAUAUACAAAAAGUAUAUUGUUAUCACGCAUAGAAAAGGUGAUAUAAAGAUAUGAAAUUUAUUUUAGAAAUAUCUUAGGGUGGAGGUCAGACUGUAGCAUUUCAUUAAGCACAGAAGUCAUUUUGCACUUUGUUGUUAUUAUUAAAGCUGAUGACAUGAUGAAUGCUAAUCUAAGGAUGGCUCAUUCAGAGAAAUAUUUCAAUUCUAAAUGCAGAAUGGACUAAAUCCAAACUGGUUGUUGUUAACACCACUGAUUCGGAGUAGCUGCUCGAUUUCUUUCACUAUGUUCCACUAAAGUGGUUGUGUCAGUCCUUUAAUUGUUUUGCAUGCAACAGAUCAUGUUUGCAUGCUUAAAGACUACAUGAAGGAUGUACUGUGUUGAUGUUUCACAGCUGUAUAGUCUUUCUUCAAACCUCAGAAGAACAACAGAUGACUUUCCAGUGGACUGCACAUUUCUUUUCACCCUUUAUGCUCAUGAAAACUGGAAGUUUCAUAUGCAUAUGCUGGCAGAGAGCUGUCCAUCUGGCCAUAAAUAUAUUAUCUACCACUGUGCUAUACGAAGACAAUAUUAUAUUUGUCGGACAAAAUUCGAUUUAGUUUGAUUUCUCUUGUUUGAGUGUGUGGUUGUAUACAUUGAAGAGAAAAGAGGAAAGUUAUAGUAGUGUAUGGGUUGCAUUUUCAGCAAUGUAGCGUUGCUUACCUGAGUGUGUUACAGUAAUAUUUAUUUCCACCUAUUUAUUUGAGCUUUUCUGUAUAUAGUAUGUCACACACAAGAUUAUGUUAUGGUGGUUUUUAUUAUUAAUAUGAUACUUUGAUUUUGCAAUGAUUUUUCCAAGCACUUCUAGUGUACUGUUCCACUUUGCAAAAUCAGAUAAAAGAAAUGUAGCAUAUCUGAUUGGAUUUGUCAUUUCUAAUGCUUUUUUUUAAUUACCAGAUGUAUGUAAUGUGCAUCUUGGCAUUGCAUUGCUGUUGUGCGCUGCAUGUUGGUGCAUGUCUAAGCUGGACAUGUAUGUAUAGCUUCAGCACCACAGAUCCAGUCUUUCAUUUGAAAUAAAACUUCAUGCUCA